AUGGAAGAAAAUGCCAACACCAGCUUCAAAGAAGAUUUUGAAGGACAGGCAACACACACAGGGCCCAAAGGCGUGAUUAAUGACUGGAGAAAGUUUAAAUUAGAAAGUGAAGAUCGAGACUCCUUAUCCUUAAGCAAGAAAGAAAUUCUUAGACAAAUGUCUUCACCACACAGAUCAUUCAGUAAAGAUGACAAAGACACCAGAGAGAGAGUCUGCCGUAAGAUGAGCAUGCAGGAGUAUGAAUUAAUUCAUGAUGAGCAAGAAGAUGAAAGUUGCCUACAAAAAUACCGCAAACGCUGCAUGCAGGAUAUGCACCAGCGGCUGAGUUUUGGGCCAAAAUACGGUUAUCUGUGUGAGCUGCAGAAUGGGGAACAGUUCCUAGAAGCCAUCGAGAAAGAACGUAAAACCACUACAGUCAUUGUCCACAUUUACGAAGACGGCAUCAAGGGCUGUGAUGCUCUCAACAACAGCUUGAUCUGCCUGGCAGCCGAGUAUGCUACCGUGAAGUUCUGCAAGAUCAAGGCCUCCAACACAGGGGCCGGAGACCGCUUCUCAAAUGAAGUGCUUCCCACUCUGCUUGUCUAUAAGGGUGGGGAACUUCUGAGCAAUUUCAUUAGCAUUUCUGAACAAUUCAAUGAGGAGUUUUUUGCUGUGGAUGUGGAGUCUUUCCUAAAUGAGUAUGGGCUGCUACCUGAAAGGGAGCUUCCAGCACUGGGAAAUGGCAACACAGAUGAGCAAGAAGUUGAGUAAUUAGAGAACCAUAGUCCUGUCUACCUCUCCUUUUCAGUAUGUUGUAUAUCAGCCUCAGUAACACCCAUCUCAUUUAAAGAAGGCUCUCUUCACUAAUUUAUUUUUAAGAUACACGUAUGUAUAAAAAAUGCUUAACUGUUAGGAUGUGAAUUUUCCUUAAAACACAUACAACUGGUAGUCCUGUACAUAAUUAUUCCUACUCCAGACACAAGUAAUAGUAAGAACAGGAGACAACAGUGGUGAUCCCUAAGAAACUAAGGGGAAAUAAAAAUAAAUAAAAAAUAUAGUGAGGGCCCAUGCCUGUCUCCAGAAAGCACAACAGUUUCAUUUCAACAGGAAAAGGACUGAUCCAUCCCUCUGUAUAUACAAAAAAAAAAAAAAAUGUCUCUGUGCUCUGGAAUUACUGCAAGUCCUGCCUUGUAACAUUCACUUCUACCAACUUUGAUAGGAACAAGAUCUUAUCCAGCAGUUUUAAGGACAAACAUACAGCCCAAAGUCCUUGCACUCCUAAAUGGCUUAGGUAUCUAGGACAUUAUUUUCCUCUUUUGCAUUUAAUUUCAAUAUUCAUGAAGAUACAGAAGUUAGCUCAGCAAUUCUGUAAGUUUGUCAUCCAAACAGCUAACACAGACUCAUUAUUAGUCA